GGACGGCAGUGCGUGUUCGUCCGGCGUCGGAGAAGGUUGAUUUUUCGUCAACGAAUCUCGCACGUGCGUAUCUCUCGUUACAUAUUUCUCCGUCGGUUUCGUGCGUUAUCGUUUUCGAACGAACAAAAGCCAAAAGAAUAUAUAUAUAUAUAUACGUGUACUUACGUACGUACGUAUAUCUAUAUAUUUCUAUAUACACACAUAUAUAUACAUAUAUAUGUGGAUACGUAUUACAAGAAUAUAUUACAUAUAAUAUGUAUAUACCAAUCUAUAUUUUUCUCGUGGGUGCGUGAAGGAAGGAAGGAAGAAGAGUGUCGAGAAAUACGCGUGAUAUCGAAAGGGGGAAUAAAUAAAGCGGACGGAAGGAGCGCGUGCGCGAUUCAUCGAACAUCUCUCUCUCUCUUUCUCUUUCUCUCUCUCCCUGAUAUUCUGUCUCUCUUUCUCUCUCUCUCUUUUUUUUUCUAUCUAUGUAUCUCAAUACUACGUCGGUGAUUCACGUUCCUUACGCGUGCUUUAGCAGGAUUUUACGGUGGAACUGAUUUAGUGCCGUCCCGUCGUGUGUCUCUUUUUUUCUUCUUGUAUAUAUAUAUAUAUAUAUAUAUAUAUAUAUAUAUAUAUAUGUAUAUGUAUACAUAUACGCGUAUAUACAAAUGUUCGUAACGUCGUACGUAGAGAAACGAGAGUAAAAGAGAGGGAGAGAGAAAGUAAAGGAAAAAGUGAGAGAAGAGAAGAAGAGAAAGGAAAAGAAAAGGGAAGAUAGGAAGGAGGGGUCGAAGGGAAGAGAGAAAAAGGAAAAAAAGAAAAGAGGGAGAAUCUGAGACAAGCCACUGUACAACAUUACGGAAGCGAAGAAAUCAAAAACCCAGAAGGAGGGUCUUCUAUCUCCUAAUCACUACAUCGGUGUAUAUCAUCGCGUACCAACAUUUCUCUCUCUCUCUCUCUAUCUCUAUCUCUCUCUUUCUCUUUUUUUCUUAUUCUAUUCGCACGAAGAAUAGUAAAAAAAUUCGUCAAUUUUUAUCUAAUAUCACGGAGAUGUUUGUUAAUACUGCUGAUGGACGUAUGGAUCCAAACGUGAUCGAGAUCGUGAUCGAUAAUGAAUUGUAUCGUAUAGUUGAGGAAGAAAAUAUCAAGGAACAAUAAUGGAUUAAUUUUCUAAUUCUCCUUAUGAAAGUUAGAAUAAUAUCAACGGCCAGUGUGUGUGUGUGUGUAUGUGUCUGUUAGAAGAACCAGCCUACCAACCAAACCACGGGAGAGAAAGAAGAACUUUAUAUAUAUAUAUAUAUAUAUACAUAUAUAUAUAAUAUACAACGUACUACACACGCUUAAAAGUUAGACAGAGAAAGAGAAAGAGAGAGAGAGAGAGAGCCACAUACAACACGAGAGGCAGUACCUACUCUCCGCGAUAAAUCAAGGCAGGAGUGAUGCGAUCAACGCGGGAAUGAAUCGAAGGUCGAAACCAAUGAGACCACUUCGACGGACGAAGUUGUUACCAAGCCGGACAAUGACGCUACUCUUAUCGAUAUUGCUAAUGGCGUUUACGCUACCAGUCGCACGUUUAGAAUCAGCGAUUGGUUCGGUGAGCAACGGCGGGGUUUCGUUAUCGAGCGGUGGUUCGUCGUCCUCGUCAUCGGCAAUAUCUUCUUCGUCAUCGUCCUCGUCCUCGUCGUCAUCGUCGAUCGGGGUAGUUUCCGGUGGGAGUUCAGUAUCCGGAGGUAUACCUGGCGGUGCUGGGAACAGCGUGAUCGGUGGAAGUGGGAGUGGUGGAAAUAGCGGUGGUGGUGUUGGUGGUGUUGGUGGUGGUGGAGGUGGAGGUGGUGGUGGUGGUGGGGGUGGGGGUGGUAGUCAUUCCGGACUUGGAAGUAGUAAUAGCGGAAGUUCGGGGAACGGAAAUGGCCGAUGCGAAGAGAUCACGAUACCGAUGUGCCGUGGUAUUGGUUACAAUUUAACGGCCAUGCCAAACGAAUUGAAUCACGAUACUCAAGACGAGGCUGGUUUGGAGGUUCAUCAAUUUUGGCCUUUAGUCGAGAUCAAAUGUUCUCCAGAUUUAAAGUUCUUCCUUUGCUCGAUGUAUACGCCAAUAUGCUUGCCCGAGUAUACUAAACCUCUGCCAGCUUGCAAAAGCGUUUGUGAAAGGGCUCGUGCCGGUUGCGCGCCCCUUAUGCAACAGUACGGUUUUUCUUGGCCGGAAAGAAUGGCCUGCGAGAGGUUACCGAAUUAUGGCGAUCCAGAGAAUCUUUGUAUGGAUCAAAAUAAUCGUACGAGCAACGGUGGCGGAUCGGGAAGCGGUGGUAACGGUGGUGGCUCGGCGAGCAAUGCACCGAUGCAACCAGUAGCUACGCCAACUAGACCAACAAGACCGUCCAAGACCAUGCAGCCGGCUCGUUGCAAGCCAGGAAAAAAUCAAAAAAACUGCCAGCACCCCCCGGGGGAAAGGGCGAGGGAUUGCUCGUGCAGAUGCAGGGCACCUCUCGUGCCUCUGGGGGUGGGAACAACGGGCACG